CUCUGUCACGGACGCGCACACAGCGGCUCAAUAUCAGAGAAUACAGCUUAGCUUUCUGCAAACACGUAGGCCUAAUUCUGUAGAUACAUCAUACCAUCUCAUUAUUACAUUUAUCGACGUUAUUUCUCCACUGGACAUUGAUGAAUUUGCUCCUACGGUCGCCGUAGCGGUCCCUUCGAUCGUUAUUAUUUUUAGUUCCUUCCUUCCUGCAUCCAAAGACCUAUCUACGCUACAAGAUGGCUGAGUUGAAUUUGGGGAAGGGGCUGACUGCAGGGAAAGUGGCCAGCAACGUCCAGAAAAAACUAACCAGAGCCCAAGAGAAGGUUCUCCAAAAGCUUGGCAAAGCUGAUGAGACCAAAGAUGUUGCCUUUGAGGAAGGAGUCAUCAACUUCACCAAACAAUAUACUGAAGGCAGCAAACUGCAGAGGGACCUUAGAGCGUACCUGGAGGCAGUGAAAGCCAUGCAUGAGUCCUCCAAUAACCUGCAGUCGUGUCUGGCCGACAUGUAUGAGCCAGAGUGGUACGGCAAGAACGAAGUGGAUUCCAUUGUGGAGGACUGUGAUGUGCUUUGGACCGAUUACCACCAGAAGUUGGUCGAUCAUGCUCUCAUCUCCAUGGAUACUUACCUGGGCCAGUUCCCCGAUAUCAAGGCUCGUAUAGCGAAGAGGGACAGGAAAUUGGUCGAUUACGACAGUGCCAGGCACAACUACGCUACUACACACAAGACAAAGAAAAAGGACGGGGGGAUUAAAAUUACCAAGCCUUCCUCUUUGCUGGAGAGGGCCACUCCAGGCUGGGCUCAGGGUAUCCUGUCUGCACACAACGUUGCCCAGAGCAGUCUGUCCAGGAGCCAGGCUGAGGAGGAGUUGGAGAGAGCCCAGAAGGUGUUUGAGGAGAUUAAUAUUGACUUGCAAGAGGAGUUGCCUUCACUCUGGAACAGUCGCGUUGGGUUUUAUGUCAGCACCUUCCAGAGUUUGGCUGGUUUCGAGGAGAAGUUUCACAAGGAAAUGAGCCGGUUGGAUCAGGAUUUGCACGACGUCUUGGAGACUUUGGAGGGAUCAGACGCAACCAGAAAGACAGGUAACCAUGGCGCCUCAUCGUCAGGAGCAAAUAGGAGUGGCAAAGAACCAUCUAACCACACUCUCAGGCCAGGAGGACCACCCCCAAUCCCCAAAUCUCCGUCCAAGCUAAAGCCAGCAGUGCCUCCUCCACCCAAGGUGACCCCAUCAAAGGAGAUGAAGACAGAGAACAUCAUCAACCUGUUUGAUGCUGCAGCUACUCCUGAUAUCAGUGUGACUUCCCCUACAGAGCCUGCAAACUGGGACUCGUGGCCUGAGGAAAGUGGUGCCCAGGAAGAGGACACCCAGGAGCACUAUGACCCUGUAGCUGCUGCUACAGAUGCCUGGGGGGAUGAUGGUACGCAGCCAGUCCGCUAUGACCCCAUAGCAGCUGCCAAAGAGGGUUGGGGGGAUGAUGGAAGCCAACCAGUUUCCUAUGACCCUGUGGCUGCGGCUCAGGAGGGAUGGGGGGAUGAUGGGAGCCAGCCAGUUCAUUACGACCCCGUGGCUGAAGCCCAGGAGGGCUGGGGUGAUGACGAGAGCCAGCCGGUCACAGAGGUGCCUGCCACACCUACAGCUGAGGCUCCGGCGGACACCGUUGAGGAAGAAGCCACCCCAGCUGCCACCACGUUGGAUAAUGAAGAGGGUCAGGAUGAGUCUGCAGCAGCUGCUGCUGUGGCAGAACCAGAAGAACCAGCGACGGAAGAGACACCUGAACCAGCUGCACCAGCUGCACCAGCUGCACCAGCUGCACCAGCUGCACCACCUGCACCAGCUGCACCAGCUGCACCACCUGCACCUGCAGAAUCAACAGAAGCAGCACCAGAACCUGCAGAGAUGCCCCCUGGCUUCAUGUUUAAGGUCCAGGUGAUGCAUGAUUACGCUGCGAACGACACAGACGAACUGGAGAUGAAGGCUGGAGAUGUGGUGCUAGUAAUCCCCUUUGACAACCCUGAAGAACAGGAUGAUGGCUGGCUGAUGGGAAUGAAAGAGGGCGACUGGCAGCAGAAUAAAGAAAACGCCACUAAAGGAGUAUUCCCUGAAAACUUCACUCAGAGGCUGUGAGUGAGGAGGACAAGACGUCAUUCCAGCUUCUUUCUUUAUGUCUCUCUUCCUCUUGCCUCUCUCCUUCAUGCCCUUUCUUGCCCUGAUACUGUAUCUUUACUAGGACUUUGGCCAUAGAAGCAGAGCUGUCACAGCCCUGGCUGAAACCAUGCAUUUCUAAGGUCUGCUACACUGUGCUAAAAGUGGAUCUUGGCAUUUCUGUGGAUUUCUGCCAACAUUUACAAAUUACAGAUGUAUGUAGCCAUUUCACAGGUGCCAGUUUGUCUUGCUGCUAUGUCGCUACUCCAUACCAGAGGAAUUGAUCAGAGAAUCCUGAUCAUACAGGGUUGAUGCAGGGAUGGGCUACCUCCGCAAUGGCUACCACUGUAAUUUCAUUAUGACAUUUUAUUUUUAGUCAUGUCUCAUCAUAUUUCAUCACCAUAACAGAAAAAAUGUCUUUUGAGACGUGCUUUUGUUCAUCUGAUAUUGAGAGAUUGAGAACUAUGUGAAAUUAUUAAGACAAUGCCAAGUGUAGCAGAGUAUCCCUUACACACACACAUACGCACACACAUAUAAAUAUAUAUAUAUAUAUAUAUAUAAAACCUAUUUCAUAAAGGUUGAGGGGGUAUAAUUACUAAAACCAGGCUGAAAGGACACUGACACUGACUGAGUAGAGUCUUCACUAUGUUUAGAAAUCCCCAGCUGGCUACUUCACCUCAGUCAAUUUGCGAAAAGACCUUUGAGCACACAAGGUGCCAAAGUCUCAUCAGCUAAACUGCACAUAUUUAAUUAAUCCUGAGGUUCUCAGACUGGUGAUCAUACUCCUGACAUCAUGCCAAUCCUUUAUUCCUACUUUAAUUAUUGACUUGUGAAACAUGGGCCCUUGGUUGUUGUAUUAGUUUAGAGUCUAUGGUGGUAUAGGUAGAGUGACACUGUUGUUAAAAUCCUAAUAAAUGCAUAUGCAGUUAACUGGUCAUCAAACACCAGCCUAGGACAGCAGGAAUACAGUAUGAAAAUCAAUUCAAACAGAACGACCGGUGUCAGAGCCCCAUAGAGCAGAGAAACAAGACUGCUAAAAUCAUCUUUGACAGGCGUGUUUUUUGACAUUCGUCUUUUCACAAGUGAUUCCAAAUAUGCAUUAGUCAGGCUUGCUAUAAAGCUAGCCAACAAACUACACCAAUGAGAAGCUGCUACUGGUUGUAUAGUAGUUAAGCAGAUACAGUUACAGUAACACCCUAAUGCUAAUCAAUAUAUAAUAACUGAGCCAGCCUCAUUCGUUUAAGAAAAAAAAAAAAUGUGCCGAUAAACAAUUCCUUCUGUUUGCAUAGAGACGACUUAACUCAAAUGCAGAUGACUCAGAAUAUGCACCAGAGCAACUUCUUUUAUUUUUGUAUGCUGCCAAGCAAUGAUUACAUAUAGCCUAAUGUAACUAUGUCAACAUAAUUGCCAACAAGAGGAUGUUAUGGAGUGUUUUGUACUUCUGUCAGGUUUACUGCUCUCAACAUAGUCGCAUUCUGUAGGUAGUUAAAGCUAUCUCACAUUCAGUCACUGACUCAAAAGAGAUUCACGUUUCUCAUGAUGUUAUUAACAUGUAAUAAGUGUGAGAGAAAACGUAUGUGUGUGCGAUUGUUUGUGUGCGUGUGUGUUUAUGGGUUGUUUGGAAACAUAAAUUCUUUAUCUAUAGGCUAUUGUUAUUGGACGAUAUCACCACCACCUACCAGGGGAUGAGGCCGUCCGUUUAACAGGAAGCUUUUUCUGACUGGACAAAGACAACUGAAGCGUAUUUGGGUCUUUUUCCACUGGCUGGUAUUAUGGUUCCAGGUGUUAUUGUGCAUUUGUUGUGUAUAAGUGUAAUUUUGCCAAGCUGUGAUGACAGAUACAUAUUCUAUAAAGACAUUCAUAUCUGUAUGUGAGUUACUGUGAGCAUGCUGACUUCCCAUGUGUUGUUGUGUGAACACCCCUAAUUUAAGACGAUGAUACUUGGGUCACUUAUGAGGCAGUUGAAACAGGCAAUUUUUAUUUUUUAUUAUUUAUUUUCUUAAUCUUAGUAAGGGGGGGUGGCAGGCAGUUACAUGCUGUAUGUUUUUUCCACCAUUCCCCCUCAAAUUAGUCCUGAUUUAAAAUUGCUGGUUUUCCAUCAGCGUUGCCUCAAAAUGUUGCCGGAGUAUCGUAGUCCAAAGAGAGUUAAACAUGAUUACAUGGAGACAGGACACAUAGAGAUACAUUUCAAACCACCAGACUCAGGUGGACCUAUUUUCCAAUGGCUUUCAAUGUUUUAACUUCUUGAGAUGUGCAUGAUUUCUUCAUGUGUUUUUAAAAAAAAAAAACAGCCUCACAUGUGAGAACAUCACCUGC